AACCCCCAACCCCACCCCCCCGGGCCCGGAGAGGCCCAGGACGAUGCGUUACCAACCGCUGUCCACAAGCGAGCACAGCCUGGGGCCCAGUGUGGUCUCUGUCCACUACAGCAUGAGAGUCUCCGGGGCAGCGGGGGCAGAUCAGAGGCAGGGGUGGAUGUCAAAGAUUUGCAAUGGCCUUGUGACGUCUCUUAUUUUUCUUAUGAUACUCAUCACCUUUCCAGUCUCACUGUGGUUUGCUAUAAAGACAGUACCGAGCUACAAUAGGCUUGUAUUAUUCCGCUUGGGAAGGAUCAAAGGCUCCAAAGGCCCCGGCAUGGUCUUUGUGCUGCCUUGCAUUGAUCAGUUUCAACAAGUCGACAUCAGGACGAGAGCUCUCAGUGUUCCACCAUGUAAGAUCACGUCCAAAGAUGAAGCUUUGAUCUCAGUGGGAGCAGAGAUACAGUUUCGGAUUUGGAAUCCGGUCCUGUCUGUGAUUGCAGUUCAGGAUUUAAACAGCUCCUCGCAGCUCACUGCCCAGAACAUAAUGACUCACAUCCUGCUUAAAAAAAGCUUAAAGGAAAUUCAAAUGGAAAAGAUGAAAAUUGGAGAAGAGUUAACGCUUGAAAUCAAUGAGAGGACUAAACCAUGGGGCCUAGAAGUGGAUCGAGUGGAAUUAAUUCUGGAUGCAGUGUUAAAGCCAGCCCGAGAAAGGGUGUCAUCAGCAUCUGUGUUCAAGCCGCCUGCCCUUGGACUGGAGGGGCAACCUGGACCUGUUCAGCACCUAACUAUGCAUUUCAUAGGCAGCAACCCCAUAGCGCCUAGCCCAAUCAAAGAAAUAUCACAGGUUGUGUGUGACAACCCUGUGGAUGAACCCAUGUUGCCAAAGGAAAGCCCGAAACUUUCCAUCGGGGAUGAAAUACUUGUUAAGGUGAAUCAGGCCAUUUCUGAAGGAUUGGUCAAACAAAUUGGAGCCUGCUUCCUCUUCAGCAUCACCCUCAAGGAUGGAAGUGGGACAUCGUAUUUCCUGGACCUCACCAGAAGCUGCGGUAAGGCUGGGCAUGGCAAACCGGAGCGAAGUCCUGAUGUAAUACUGGAAAUGAGUGAGUGCGACAUGAAAGCUAUGUUCAAAGGUAACCUGAAACCUCUUGGAGCCUACAUGAGUGGGCGUUUGCGAGUGCAUGGAGAUCUGAAAACUGCUAUGAAGCUGGAGGAGCUGAUCAAGGUGUUGAAACAAAAUACCCAGGUCUGACACUAUUUAUUUCAGGAUUGUACAGACCACGGAUGCCUUAACUUUUAUUUGAUUCUUAAUCUGUUGUCAAAUAAAUAAAUGUGUGCAAAACCAUAUCAGAAUACAUACCUUUCAGGUCCUGGGUCACUCCCUCUCUCACUCAGUUCUGUCAGGCUUCCUCUGUGGUACGUAUAUAUCUUAUUAAUCCUCUUUGAAUGUCCCUUCUGAAAGGACCCUCUGAUACCUGGCAUUUUUCAUGUGUGAGUUUGGACAAUGAAUGUGGCGGGGGGGGGGUUUGGGCAGGAGGAAUCACCCGGCCAGAUCCUAUACUUAACCUGACAUUCACCCUCAUGUAUUUUCCAGCAUUGAGUCACUGGGUAGUGAUCAGGACCUGGUUGACUUCACCCCUUCCCCUCCCUACCCAAGUGCCACUGAGGUCAAUCAUAGUGUCCUUAAUGCUGCCCUGACUGAGGUCAGUUAUCUCACUUUCACAGCUAUAUUGUUCAAUCUUUACCAUGUGUAAUGUCUAAAGCGUCGGCAAGAGUUUUUACAGUGGUAAUUUAAUCUGAUUCCAGUGGCUGAUGAUGUUCAGACCCUCUGAUUAAAUUACAGUUUUGUAGCCGACUCCUGGCAGAUCUGAUCCCAUUCUAAGAGAGGGCUUACAUCAGCUAUCUAUUUGCACUGUGAGUUAAGUCGGUAAAUGCCACUGUUUAUAUAUUUUUUCUUCCGGGAAAGUUCCUACUAAAGAGUUUUUUAUAUUAAAUGAUAUUUUAAGUGUACAUCAUAAAUUCUAAUUCUGUUUUUGUUUUUAUUAUGAUUGACUCUGUCUCAGUGAUUCCGUCUUCCCUCCUGAUCAGGGGAGUAAAAAAAUAAAUUCUUGACCACAAUUUGUUGUUUCAUCUACGAGGACAGACAGCAAUUUAAUGUGGAAUUAAGUGCAUUCCAAUAUACCUUGCUGCAGGGAUUUGACUGUGACCCUAUUGCAAGGCUUUGAUUGAUUGUUGUACUGUAUUUUCUUAAUAUUGAAUUUAUUAAUACUUGAUUUUGAUAGUGUCUUGCCACACCGAAACGUCCCAAAGUGCAUCAAUUAUUACUAUUUUGAAGGGUAGUAUUGUUAUAUGGGCAAACGUGACAGCUACGUCCCACAAACAGUAAUUGAUGAAUGGUAAAUUGGUGCAUUGGUGAAUUUGGAUGUGGAAAGAAUACAGGUCAAGACACUCAGCUGCCUUAUAUGAGAUCCAACCUCAGUGCUUUGGUAUCUGUAUUUCUAUUUAUUUUACUUCACUUUGGGAUACAUGGUGCGAUUGCCUUUGUAUUACUCAGGAGCCUCUGAAUGGCAUUUAAUGGUCUGACUGUAUUUUCUCUGCAAUUUUAUAUGAAAAAUUUCCAACACUCCAGAAAUAGUGUUUGUCUGUCAAAUUUAUGUAUCCAUUGUACAAUAAACAUUUGUUUUAGACUUUUAGCGCUUUUCGAUUUAGCGUUCCUGUAAAGUGUUGGGCUGGAAUUUGUUUUUGCUAAAUACAGGAAGACAGUGAUAUAGAAUAUCACUGUAUUCCUUCCAUAUCCUUCGGAUAUCCUUCCAUAUCGCUGAUAUGGAAGGAUAUCCAAAUUUCCCUCCGCUGCAAAGAAGCGACUACUUCAGUUCCAUUGCCCUUUUCA